GAGUUGCGCAACCUCCACUUGACCUCCACGUCCCCAUCGACUCACCCUCACUGCAACGCUGCGCUCAACGUCAACGAUGCGCAGUAGCGUUAAGGCACGACGGAGAAGCGAUGAUAACACGGAGUUGGGGGAGGCGGGCCCCGGCAGGGUAGUACAGGUGAGUCGCUCGCCCGCCCUUCUCGCCCACACCAGUCACCUCCCGCAUCUGUCCUUCUUCCCAUCGACCCGGCCGUCAUCCUCGAAGAAGCCUUCGCCAGGCAGGCAGGCAGGAGAAGACGCCGUCGAGGAGGCAGAAGGCCCGCGAGCGGCUCCUCGGGCCCAUCCCACUCGGUGGACGCAUGAUGCGUUCAGCUGCGUUCCGCCCGUCUUCUCGCUCGCCCGUCUUCUCGCUCGCCCGUCUUCUCGCUCGCCCGCCUUCUCGCCCACUUGUCUUCUCGCCCGCCCGUCCGCCAGCUCACCCGCUGACCCCCGUUUACCCGUGGACCUGAAAACCUGCGUCCUCCUGCGCGUCCGCUCCUGCGCGUCUGCCCUCGUCGUCGAUAUCCUGCCUGCCCGCCCACGCACCGUCCAACCAGCUCGCUCGCCUGCUCGUCUGGCCUCCAGUUCAACUUCUGCGCCGCCGGCACAAAUACCGACGGCGAAGACCUCGCACACUUCUUCGAAGGCCAGCGCCAUAACUGGCACUCUCCCCUAUCUUUGUCGGCUCGCCCACCACGCCCAACGGUGAGUUGACACUCACUCGCGCAGUCUUCCACUCACUCGCACGCACGUUCGUCCGCCUACUCACUUUGUCGUUAGCAAGUUAGCCUGCCUGGGUCCACUCUCAUCCUCUCACUAUCUCGCCCUCGUUUCUUGCUGAUUCGUCCGCUCGCCCGUUCUUGCCUGUACCCCGCGCUCUCUCGCCCACCUACUCGCUCGCCCACUCGCCCACCAGCCCGCUGUCUCAGCCGCCGCUCCGCUUGCCCAUCGUCUCGUCAUUCCGCACUCGCACUCGCCCGUUACCCAUCUCUCCCGCUGUACUGUUCGCCCACGGCCUCUUUUGCCCACAGUCUCUGUCGAUCCUCACGUCCGUCGACUAGUAUUGCUCAUCAACCCUCUCUUCCAUCGACCCUCUCGCCCGUGCAGAACCAA